AUGCCUCUCCUGCACACCCUCCUAACCACCUUCCUGGCUGCUGCUGCUGCUGCAUCCACCACCACCGCCCUCGCAGCAUCAACCACCACCACCUUCCCCAGCACCCUCAACAUCACCACCCUCACCGCACACAACAACCAAUCCGUCCUUGAAUGCUGGGCCCUCGACCCAGGCUACUCCACCUCCGCCCAAGCUGGUGUCUCCGGCACCGCCAUGCUCAAUCUCGGCUCCGUCACCAGCAACGCAACUAACCUCCUCAUCCCCGGUGAAUAUGAUGGCGGCCGCCAUAAUGCGCCCACGAACCAAUGGGUCAUCUUCCUCUCCGGCGUGGCGCACAUCACUCUCCCGAACUCAACAGACGAUGCGUGGAUAGUCGGGGGUAAGAACGGGGCGAUUUUAGCCCUCGAUACUGCGGAAGUUAGUGCUUUGGGACAUUAUACUACUUAUCCGACGGAGGAGAGUACUGUCGCGUUGGAGAUCGCGUUGAAGGAGAUUCCUGGGCAUAGGGUUUUGCAUUCGGGGGCUUGUGGGGAGGGGGAGUUGUUGUGAUUUAGUUUUUUUAUUUUGAUUUGUU